CUGUAUUUGUUUUAUCGAAAUUUGUACCGCGCGGAAAAAGCAGAGAAACCAGUGCCGAACGGAGCCGUUCGAAGGUGAAGCUGAUGACUGAAGAUGGACCGAAGAACUUGCAGCAUCUGCGUGAGGCAGCGGAGGCUGCGGAGAAGCUGCUAAAGAGCGCGACACCGCUCGCCGUUGAAUCGGAAACAAUUCUAACGAAUGGUGACCGUGGAACCACCGCUGGUCCUAUCAUUGACUCCGGCUCGUCGCAGAUCAGAUACCGGGGUGAAAACGGUCGCCGACAGGAGCGUCCGCUGCUAUCCGUAACCACCGAACAACCGAUCAGUGCAAGCAGCAACAACCACAAAAAGACUGAUGAACAAUUGUCUACUGAGGACAACAACAACAGCAGCACCACGGCACCCGCAAACGUUGUUAAUGGCAAGAGUCCGAAACCGACGCGGGAACGUAUUAAGGAAAAGCUUGAGCAAGAGACGCGCAACUUUGAGGAAUUUAUCGACAAAACGGUAACAGGCUUCGUCGAGCUGAAGGACGAUCUGAUGCGCAUGAAUGAUAGCAACAUGAGUGGCCUGUACAUUCCUCGCAAAGUCAAUGGUAGUGCGUUGAAUGGUGGUCACGGUACCACCAACACGGAAACGGGGGACUUUCUUAGUGGUUCCGCCAAUGGGACUACCGCUAUCGUCACCACCACCACUACUACCAGCACUAGUGGUGCGUUCCUGAAGAAGGAAAUCGAUGCACUGAAUGCGGCAGUACAGCAGGCUAAUGUACUGCCGGCGGUUCUUAGUAACGGGCAUGCCAAGUAAACGCUACAGCAGCUUCCUCUCCUUCACUUCCAGGCGCGACUCCAGCAGCGCCUUCAUCUUGUAACGUUCAUAGCUUCUAGAAGAUCAGAAGCUGACGAUUCGUACAAGUUCUUCCAAGAAAAGAUGGAAUAUUGAACGAUCUUUGGCCAAAAGGCUGCACUACAACACUACAGCGAAAGGGCUGCACAAUCGAAGCACAAACUCCCGAUCGGUAAACAAAAGGUCGCUCGCACAACCCCUUAAAAAGCGGCGGCAUAAUAUCUUUCGCGCUGGCAAGGGCUCUAAAGAGACGAUGAAAGAAAGGAUAUAUUUUAUAAAGAAGAAAUCAGUCAAGUUAUCCUCUAUUGUAUUCAUAUUCGUAUGUGUGCAGCACCGGCUGUUCAGCUACUUAAAUGUUCAAUACGUUGCUUCCAGUAACAACCCACCCAACCGACCGACCGAUCCCAUCAGUAGCAACACUGGCGACCAUGUCUGUGUGUAUGUGUGUGUGUGUGUGUGUGUGCGCGCAUGUGUGUAUGUGUGCUGGAUAAAUUUUAGAAAUCGAGAAAGAUAGAGCAAGACAAAGCAAGAAAAUUGAUCACUAAUGGUCGUACAUUUCCUCCCAUUCUGCUAAUCCGUUAUCGACACCAUAUCAGUCGUAUGAUCAUACUUUUAAGGACCAUCGGCGUGCGCUCGUGAUCGCGCAGCACCACUGCUGAAUGCAUAAUCUUUAGGACUUUAGGGAACGUUUAGGCUAAUGCAUUGUGCGUAUGGUGUACCGUACAGCUUCCAAAUUAUUUACGAAUAAUCCAACCCCAAAAAACGGAAUUUGCGCAUGACGCAUGUCCUACUUGACCAAGUGCUCCUGGUCCUAGAAGGAAUGGUUUUACCGUUUGAGCACCCUCUGCUCGUCUGAAUCUUCUGACUCGAAACACAUGAUUGCUUCUGCGAUAGAAAACUGUAAAUCUUCCAACGCAAAUAUCCGCGAACUUCCUCCGAUUACGGCUCGAGCGAACGGUGGAAGUAAAGGCCCCAUACCACCACCAUAUGUUGUAAAUUGUUUUUCUAGCUGAUACCAAAUGUUUCUGGGGAUUGUUUUAUUUGAUCACGCUCUAUACGUUUGUUUAUGUUUGCUUGUUGGGUGUACGAAGAAUGUGCGUGUCCUGUAGCACCACAAUUAGAUAGGAUCCAAUUGGAAGGAAUGCAUGCAUGAACCUAAAUGCAUAUACCUACCUAGCACAAACUGCAUUUGAUAAAUAGCGUCGACGCCGAAUCAUGUCGCUCAAGAGUAGUAAAUGCGCAAAACUCACCCUGCCAAAAGGGGCUCCCUGAUUCAAGACGUUUCCAUCAAAAACAAAAACCAGUCGCUGAACAUAAAACGGCACUACGCAACGGGCGGUGCAAUGGCAGACUAACUACUUCCUUCAUGCGAGCAUAUGCCGCUAAUAUAUGUACCCCGCGCCCACCACCCCACACCCCCAGGAUGUGUGCAUUACGUAAACAUUGAUGAUCAACAGUGCGGGGUAAUGUAAACGAUAACAUAAUACAACCAUAAAUAAGAAAGCUAUUAACAGUAAGUUCAACGAAGGAAGCAAACUGGUGAAUCAUGCGUUCAAGUUCAGCACAUGGGGCUGAAAAAUGGCAACAAAAAUGUGCCAGAAUCAUGUAUGAUCUGCACGGGUACACACUCAUUACCACAUAUGGUCUCAGUAAGCAGGUGCAGCGCUGCGAGCAUACGCGUUUGCGUCCGUGCCCGCGGCAUAUUGUGUUGUCCACCGUUGGCUGAACUCUACACAACAUAGCCGAGAACUAUGGAAAACAAAACGCGAAUAAAGCAACCAUCUUUUUUGUAGUAAACGAAUUUAAAAUAAAUGCCAAAACUUGAACUACACCUUUCCCAGGACCCAUCCGAACGCCGGUUCUGCUUUC